UUGAGCUGUCAGGCGAGCAGCAGCAUGCUCUCUGACAGCGACGAAAACCAUGGAAAAGUAGCAGCGGACGCACAGAAAUGCCAUGUUCUGGGAAUGGAAGGCGCACGGUUUUGAGGCUGUCCCGAGAUGAGACGUGAACCUCCGGACCGGUGUGCAAGCGGCGGACGGGCGCUCUGGGUCCUGGCUGUGACCGCGCUGCUGACAGCUGGACCCGCUGGAGGCUCACCGCUGGACCCUGAGGUUUUUCUAGAAAAGUAUGGUUACCUCCACGAUGACAGCCAUGUUCAUAAUGCCAUUGAGCUGCAGUCUGCCAUUCGGGAGUUCCAGUGGCUAUCUCGCCUUCCCGUUACUGGCAGACUGGACAGUGCCACUUUGAGGCAGAUGGCUGAGCCCCGCUGUGGAGUGUCUGAUGAGGGCACCCACCAGAUCUGGGCUCAGAGAAUCAACACCGUUUUUACUGGGGAAAAAGCCAAAUUGCGGCAGAAAAAUCGCAGAAAACGCUCUGCUACUCAAGUUGAGAAGUGGUACAAGCGUCACCUCACCUACCAGAUUGUAAAUUGGCCUCGUCACCUGUCUCCGGCCUCAGUACGACUGGCAGUGCGGGCGGCCUUUCAGCUCUGGAGCAAUGUGUCGGGCCUUGUGUUCCAAGAGUCCCCUAAAGGGGCAGCGGCGGACAUCCGACUGGCCUUCUAUGACGGGGACCACAAUGAUGGAGCCAGCAACGCCUUUGAUGGGCCAGGAGGGACUUUAGCUCACGCAUUCCUGCCUCGGCGUGGAGAGGCUCACUUCGACAUAGCGGAGCGGUGGACCCUGAAUGGCCACAAGGGGCACAAUCUGUUCCUGGUGACGGCGCAUGAGAUCGGGCACACUCUGGGCCUCGAGCACUCACCAGUGAGACACGCCCUCAUGUCGCCCUACUACAGGAGACUGGGACGCAGCCUGAUGCUCAGCUGGGACGAUAUCAUCUCUGUGCAGCAGCUCUAUGGAAAGCCAUCAGGGGAGCGUACUGUCAGACUGCCAGGACAGGUGCUCCACACAGUGCUGCAGCAGUGGGAGCUCACAGAGACUCCCCAGAGCACCACCCACCCUCUCUACUGCCAAGAGGCGUUUGAUGCCAUCACUAUGGACCAAAACGAUACAGUGCUGGUGUUUCGGGGCAGUUUUUUCUGGACAGUGUCACCCAAAGGUGCUGUUACUAGACCCCUGCCUCUCCGACAGCGAUGGGCAGACCUGCCUCCAGCCAUCGAAGCAGCUGCCUUCUCACCUAUAGACUCCAAGUUGUACUUCUUCAAAGGGCGAAGGAUGUGGCGGUAUUCUGGCUCUCAGCUGGACCCAGGUUUUCCCAGGAGAACAGUAGAGUUGGAGCUCCCUCGGCACCCUGACUGUGCCUUCUUCUAUGCCCCUCUGGGACACAUGAUCCUGUUUAAGGGCUCACGAUACUUUGUUCUGAACCUGAGGACGCUGCAUGCAGAGCCCUACUACCCCCGCAGAUUGUCAGACUGGACAGGGGUGCCGCAGGGCACCAAUGGGGCUGUGACCCGCCAGGAUGGACGCCUCUACCUGUUCAGACAGCAGCAUUUCUGGAGGUUUGACCCCCUGAAAGUGCGAGUGACCAAAGAGGGACUGUGGGCCAAAGAUCUAAGCUGGACUGGCUGCAGCAACAGUCCUCAGAGCAAUAAUAUUCUUUGACCAAUAGAUGGAGCUGGGACCUCAACAUCAAGUGCAAUGAAUUAAUGUUUAACUGUUUAAUUCAAAUACACACAACAAAUUUCUCUUACAAUAACCUGACUGUUGUUAUGUGGGUGAGAAAAUAAUUACAUUACAGCAGAGUGAAUUACUGGUGAACUCUGGAUUGCCUCAUACAAGAACUGCUCUGUUAGAUUUGCACAAUGUUAGAAGAUGUUUUUUUUUAAGAUGUUAGGAGAAAAAUCUUAUGUUGUUUUUAAUCUUAUGUAGUUAUAUUCAGUAUGAAAAGUCCACAUGUUGAAAAUAAGAGGCAACAGGAGAGCUUUUAUAAACAUUUUACUGUUUGAAUCAUAAGUAUCAUAUUUUGUCUUAAACUGGACUCCUAAUCUUUAGAUCUGUAUGAUCACACGCACAACCAUCUGAGAGAAGAAAAGAGGGGUUAUACCAUCUGGUGAGACAGUCCUCCACUGUAGUUUCACUUAAUCUCUCUCUGUACAGCUGAUCCUACAGUGUACUGAGGUUAGAGCCUCAUGAUAAUAUAAGGGACGGCCUGUCUACAUGGACUCAGCUGUCAGUUCACCAUUAACAUUGACUUAAACAGUUAACAGUUCUGAACUGGGUCAUUUGCAUUAGUACACAGUAUUUCUAUACAUAUGAAGAGUCUACUUACCAAUAUUCCAGCA